UGUGCCGUCUACAAAUCAUCCGUCCUUCAUUUACAAAAUACAGCUAUUUGUUUUCUACAUCACUAUACAGAUAUAGCACUCCUAUCACGAGCAAGAUAUUAGAACAACUGGAAAGGAAGAUGAUAUUUUAUCCCUUGCUGUGGUAUCUUCUGAUACUUUCCGUAAAUUCUGAUGAAGAUGAAAUUCAGGGUACCUUAAAUGGGUUCGAUAGUGAAGAUAUUGAGAUUAAAAUUGGUGACAGGGCAGUUUUCAAAUGUGGUGUAUUAUCUAAUAAGAUUCCUUUGGAACGUCAAGGAUAUUGGGAAGGACGUAUAAUUAGAGGAAGGCAUAGUAUUAUAGAUAUGGAGAAAAGAAAUAAUCAAAUUUUUAUUAAACCGUCAAAUAAUUAUACAAUUUAUCUUAAAUCUGGUAUAGUUGAAAUUGAAUGCACAUUAAUUAAUUCAGAGACAAGAGAUAUUAUUUUACAAUUUACAAAAAUGAUAACCAUCACAGGCUGUGAUAAAGUAUAUGGCACAAUAAAUUUGAUUGAUGCAUCUGACAUUGUCAUUCCCAUUGGAUCAAAGGAUCAAUUUCAGUGUGGAUUAUUACCAAAAGGAAUUGAAUCACAACUGAGCGGUUAUUGGAGUGGCCAAUUCACACAAGGAAAGAAUCAUUAUCUUGUAUCUAUGAUUCAUAAUAAUGGGAAGGUUUACAUUAAGAAACCUUCGAAUGCUGAUAUAUAUGAUAUGAGUGGAAUAGUAAAACUAAAGUGUACAUUUAAAAGACAAGGUGAUAAUGUCAAGCUAUACGAAUUUGAGAGAAGCAUAAAAAUCACCCAUUGUAUGUUACAAACCCGGUUAGUAGGUUCAGUAGAAAGGCAAAUAUUGAAGAGAUAUUGUGAGCUUAAUCCCCGCCAAUCUGGUCUAAAUGCAAGAACUUGGAUAAGGAAUUACGCUGAAAAUCCAGUAUUUUGGUGGAGAGGAUAUUUUUUUGAUAUAUCACGUCUAAGUAAUGGUACAGCAGUAGUAUGGUGUACUAUUACGAACUGGAGAUUAGGAAAAGAUAUCACAACUCAUACAAGAUUCAUUCAUUUAUUCUUUCCUCAGUUUCUUCAGACGCCAGAAACCUAUGGUUCAUUUGUAAGUUUACCGGUUGGUUCAAAUGCAAAAAUAUAUGUAUAUGAAACUUGGUGGGAUGUAAAUUCGAUAAAUUCAAAAUUUCUGGAUAAUGAUCUCUUUUCUUUAAAUGUGAAGUCAAAUGGUUUUUAUGUUCAACCGCCUAAAAAUUAUGAAGUCUAUCCUAAGGCUGGUCGGAAACAUAUUCCUAUUGAUCGAUAUGGUCGAUAUUUCAUAAAGAUUUACAUCGAAGAAAUCUAUACUGGUACUCUAAACAAUAUUGAUUCUUCGGAUGUUUGGACAAAAAUUGGUUCAAAAGAUACAUUUAAAUGUGGAUUAUUAAGUCAUAGAUAUUAUAAUCCUUUAACUUAUUGGGCAUCAAAACAAAUCAGUGGACCAAAAGAUGUCAUACAUAUUGAUCAUGUACCGACUGGAAAUAUAAUUGAACCAUCUAUAUGUCAUUUAAUGUAUAAAGUACCAGCUAAAAUUCGUAUUCAAUGCAGUCUAAUGGCAUCUUAUAGAAAUAUUUUACAUAGAUUUGAAAAGACAUUAACAGUUAUCGGAGAUGAAAUAUGCGCUGCAUACAAAGCAAGUGGUCUUAAUCAUAUCCUUUUAAAGGUUGGCUCAAAUGAUACAUUUGAUUGUGACAUGAAACCAGAUGUAUAUAAAUAUAAUGAAUAUGGCUAUUGGUAUGCAGAUUAUGCUGACACAGAAUCCAUUACAUCUAAUAUUGUAUCAAUUAAAAAUUGUUAUCAUAAAGCAAUUAUUGGACCACCACUUGAUAGUGAUGUAUAUAUAAGAAGUGGUCAAGUUGAUAUUUAUUGUUAUUUAAUACCCUUUAAAAAUCAUCAACCAGAUUUUGCUCUUCAUAAACGUAUUACUAUUUUAGAUAUAUUGAUGUAUCCUGAGAAUUUAACCUUUUAUGUUGGAGAUGAUAUUGAACCAAUAUGUACUGUCACUGGAAUUAGUAUAAAUAAUCUACAUUCUAUUGGAUAUCUUCAGAUUGUUCCCCUGAAGCCUAUUGAUGAUAUAUUAAGUGUGAUACAUGCCAUUGAAACACCAUUUAUUCGACCACCUAGAGGUUAUAGAACAUAUCCAAAGCCAAGUCAUAUACCUAUUGAAUGUAUUUUUACAUCACAUGAUGGUAAAACAAUUAAAUCUCAAUUUGAGAUUCAUAUAUUAAAUAAAUCAAUGCGUAAAGUAUCAAAGAAGCAAAAACGUCAAUCAUUUUCAACGGAACCACUGAUCACACCAUUGCCUAAUCAACCUAUUUCAACGCUUUCAUGUUUACUUAUAGCAAUUAUAUGGUUUCUUUUAUUAAUUUUUGCGUCUUUAACUAUGUAUAAGUGUAUUACAUUAAAUGAUGAAAUGAAUAUUGAUGAAAUGAAAUUACAAAGUGAACUUACCAGUGAAUAUGAAUCUACUACAAAUGAGGAUUAUCAGAUAACGCCAGCAAUGAUAAUGAAUAUAGACAAAGAACAACCAGAUAAUCUUUUAGAAAUGUUUGCAUUAGAGACGAACGAUACUAACAUGAAAACUAUGGAAACGCUACAAUACUUGAUUGAAAUAUAUCAUGAUUAUUCUGAGAUUUCAGAGCAUUGGAGAGAAUUAUGGAUGAAUGAUGAUCUUGAAGGUCUUGUGCAAUCAAGUGAAUUAUUUCUCAAAUUUGUAGAAAAAAUGAUAAGAAGUAAUCAGAAAGAGCCAAUAAAAUUCAAUGAAUUAUUAGAAAUUAUAAGAAAUUGUGAAAGAAGGAUAGUUGAUUAA